CAAGGUUUUAUUCGCUUUCCGCGCGGGGAAAUGCUUGGCUGGAAUCAGGGAGCAGCAGCUGAGCCUGUCAGCUGCCAGGGUUGAUGCAGCGAGGAGCUCGAGCAGCUGCCUAGGAAGCGUCUCAGGACGGUCGGCUGGGUUGAGUGCCCGCAAGGAGGAUGGUCCUUUUGUUCCUGGCCAGCCACUUUCUGCCUGGUUUUAUCUGCAUUUUUGCUCUCCAUGUCCGUGAGCUGCAAUCAGCUCCCUUCAAGGUGAUGGCACUGGGGCACCCCGUGGUGGCUGCCGUGGGACAGGACGUGGUGCUGCCCUGCCACAUCAUGCCGGAGCAGAGCGCCCGGGACAUGGAGGUGACCUGGUUUCGGGGACACUUCUCGCCCUUCGUGCACCGCUACAAGGCGGGAAGGGACCAGCAUGGCAAGCAGAUGCUGCAGUACCAAGGGCGGACGGAGCUGCUGCAGGACAGCCUUGACAACGGCAGGGUGGACCUGAAGAUCUUCAGCGUCCGCCUGUCUGAUGGAGGGAAUUACACCUGCUUCGUUCGCACCAAUGCAGGCUACGAGGAAGCCGUCCUGGAGCUGAAGGUGACAGCCGCCGGCUCAGCGCCGCUCAUCUCGCUGGAGGGCUACGAGGCUGGGGGCGUCCGGGUGGCGUGCCGGGGGGCCGGCUGGUACCCUCAGCCCCAGGUGCUGUGGAGGGACCGCUGGGGCCAGCCGCUGCCCUCUGCCUCUGAAAACGUCAUCCAGGACGCGAGCGGCCUCUUUGAGGCCGAGAGCACCGUGGUCCUCAGCCAGGCUGCAAACCUGUCCUGUUUGAUCCGGGAUGCCCUGCACCACCAUGAGAAGGGCUUGGCUUUUUCCAUGGCAGAUCCCUUUUUCCAAAACGCCCAUCCAUGGAAGAUCGCCCUGAGCCUGGUCGCCGUCGCCAUGGUCGUGCUCUUUAUUAUCACUGUUUAUCUAUUUAAAAUUAAAGGAAAGCACGAGGGAAAAAUCGCAAUGCAGGUGGCGGCGCUGCGGGCCCGCGACGCAGAAAUCGAGAAACAAGCUGCAGAAUUGGUAUGGAGAAGAUAUGCAGUGCAUAUAGAAGAAGUGAAGGUGAUUCUGGAUCCAGACACGGCCCACUGUGACCUUGUCCUGUCCGAUGACCGCAAAAGUGUGAAACGAGAAGACGUGCCGCAGGACCUCCCUGACAUCCCUCAGAGGUUUAUGCCAUGGCGCUGCGUGCUGGGCUGUGAAGGCUUCACCUCGGGGAGAUACUACUGGGAGGUGGAGGUGGUGGAUGGAGGAGGAUGGACUGUAGGCGUUUCUAGAGAAGAUGUGAGAAGGAAGGGCGAGAUCGAAUUUAAACCAGAAGAGGGCAUCUGGGCAGUGGGGCAGUGGGCAGGUCGCUUCCAAGCCCUCACCUCUCCUGAACGCACUUUCCUUACUGAAAUCCAGAGUCCCAAGCGGAUCCGGGUGUCCCUGGAUUACGAAGAGGGACGGGUGGCAUUUUUCAAUGUUGAUGAGGAGAGUCCACUCUUCACAUUUCCGCUGGUGUCAUUCAAUGGGAUAAGAAUCCACCCGUGGGUCUGGCUGGGUCCUGGGACAUGGCUCAAAAUGUGGCCCUGACAAAGGGAAGGGAGGAAAAGAAGACCUUUUUUUUUUAAUCAGACCUCAGUACCUCAUAGACUCACAGAAAUAGGUUGGAAGGAGCUUGUGGAGAGCUCUACUGCCACCUCCUGCUCGGAGCAGGGCUAACUUCAAGGCUAGAUUAGCUGGCGCUGAAUUUUCAGAACCUCCAAGGGGGGAGAUCCCACCGCCUCUCUGGACCUCUGUCUGGGGCUGCACUGCUUUCCGAGGGGAGAAUUGCUCCUCAAUACUUGGUCAAAAUUUCCCUGGUUGUGACUGUUGCCUUUCACGCUCACGCUUUAUCGUACAAAUGGCACAUGUCUUAAAUAGGGAGAAGUUUUUAGAUGCACAGAAUAAAGUAACUCCAUUGGGA